AUGGUGCAACCAUAUCUGUACGACGAUUUCUCUGGAAAAAUUGCAACCUUUCCAACCAUAAAUGAAUUAAAAUUGCAAGCAGAACAGGAAUUUGUCAACUCCUACGGCCUGUUCCCUACUUGCGCUGUAUACGCGCCGGGUUGCCUUACUAUAGCCGGCAAGUGUACCGAUCUUGCGGAAACACACGUUCCUGGAUUUCAAAUUGUGAUCGCCAGCACAUUGCCGAUAAAACGAGGCCUGGGAAGCAAAUCCUCCCUUGUCGUUGCGCUGUUCACUUUUCUCGAAGCGAUGACCAACACCUAUGUGGGGAAUACUAUGGAGAAAACGUUGGCCUGCGUCUUGGCGAAAAAAAUAGCGACGGGCACUUACAAAGUUCGUAUAACAGACAUUGCUACCUCGGUUAUCGGUAGCGAAGGCAAGAUCUACGCGGUCGACGCGCGGAACCUCGACGUGUUCGAACAUCCUUGGAUCGGCAUCGACGUCGAACUGAUCCUCAUCGAGCUGGGCGAAGCUGAAAAAAGACUCUUGUACCUGAACGACGUACGCUACAAAGAGAUUAUGACCGUGAUGAACACGACGCCUCGGUGGCGUACGCAUCCGGACGGUAUCCUUCGUAUUAUGGACCUUUUAUUCGCCCGGGAAACGAUGGACAUGGUCAGGGGGGUGAUCGAUAAGGAUAGAAGAAUAGCGGAAAUGACUGACGCUAUCGAAAAGGAACAGUGGAAUAAAUUGGGUAUUGAAUCAGACAACGUAUAAUUCAGUUUGAUUAACAACGUGAUAUUUUCCAUUGCGUAGUAAUAAUGUCGUAUAAGAUAAUCAAUAUAAGCAAUUAUUUUACAUAGCUUGUUA